UAGGGGGUGGGGGGGCCGUGAUGAAGCAAGGUAGAAAUUUUAAGUUACUCCUAACAACGUUUUCUAUGAAAGUACUCGCUUCCAACAGAUAGCAGAACCGUCGCUAUCCUUCAAACUUUAACUCAAACCAAAGCUUCCUCUCUGUAUAUUCCUUGGUAAUAUAUAACGCAGUGACAGCUCCAGCUGGGACAUACUCACACAGCAAGUCAGCAACAGCUUCCUUGUCUCCACCACCGCCACCGCCUGUCUGUGUCUGCUGGCCACACACCACACAGAGGGAUGUACCAUGAGGUGGGUAGCACCAUGGAGGGCCGGCAGCACCAGCAGCAGCGGCAGCAGCAGUUAGCCUCAGAUGUGAGACACAGAGGUGUUAGAAAUUAUGAGUCUUCCCUCACCAAACACAGCCUGACACACAGUAGUGUUAAGAAUUAUGAGUGUGGUGAGUGUGGCAAGAAAUUUUCCCUAAAGAGUAACUUCACCAGACACAGCCUGACACAUAUUGGUGUUAAGAAUUAUGAGUGUGGUGAGUGUGGGAAGAAAUUUUCACAAAAGAGUAGCCUCACCAAUCACAUCCUGACACACAGUGGUGUUAAGAAUUAUGAGUGUGGUGAGUGUGGCAAGAAAUUUUCCCAAAAGUCUCACCUCACCAGACACAGCCUGACACACAAUGGUGUUAAGAAUUAUGAGUGUGGUGAGUGUGGCAAGAAAUUUUCCCAAAAGUCUUCCCUCACCCAACAUAGUCUGACACACAGUGGUGUUAAGAAUUAUGAGUGUGGUGAAUGUGGCAAGAAAUUUUUUGAAAAGGGUAACCUCACUACACACAGCCUGACACACAGUGGUGUUAAGAAUUAUGAGUGUGGUGAGUGUGGGAAGAAAUUUUCCCUAAAGUCUUCCCUCACCACACACAGCCUGACACACAGUGGUGUUAAGAAUUAUGAGUGUGGUGAGUGUGGCAAGAAAUUUACCCACAAGUCUUCCCUUACCACACACAGCCUGACACACAGUGGUGUUAAGAAUUAUGAGUGUGGUGAGUGUGGCAAGAAAUUUACCUACAAGGUUUCCCUUACCAGACACAGCCUGACACACAGUGGUGUUAGGAAUUAUAAGUGUGGUGAGUGUGGCAAGAAAUUUUCCCAAAAGAGUAAUCUCACCUCACACAGCCUGACACACAGUGGUAUUAAGAAUUAUGAGUGUGGUGAGUGUGGCAAGAAAUUUUCCCAAAAGAGUAGCCUCACCACACAUAGCCUGACACACAGUGGUGUUAAGAAUUAUGAGUGUGGUGAGUGUGGCAAGAAAUUUACCCAAAAGUCUUCCCUCACCCAACACAGCCUAACACACAGUGGUGUUAAGAAUUAUGAGUGUGGUGAGUGUGGCAAGAAAUUUUCCCUAAAGAGUAAUCUCACCACACACAGCCUGAUACACAGUGGUGUUAAGAAUUAUGAGUGUGAUGAAUGUGGGAAAAGAUUUCUUACCAUUUCUCGUCUCAAUGAACACACCGUCGUACACACUGGCCUGAGGGACUACAAGUGUGAUGAUUGUGGCAAGUGUUUCAAGAGAAGGAGUGAUAUUGCCAGGCACGUCAAGGUCCACUUUUGAGAUGGUGUGUUAUGUUAACCAGUGAUGCCACACUGGUGUCUGUGGUGUUGGUGGUGGUGGUCAUGUUAGGGUUUGAUGGCCCCAGAAGCUAUUAUGUGGUGGUGAUGGUGGUGGUUGUUUGACUUUCAAUAAAUGUGUGUUUGCAGUAA